ACCGUCUUUUCAGACCUACCCGAAGCAGCUCUUCUCAUUCCUUUAUCCCAAUACCCUGGUGUUUGGGAAGUCACGAAAGCCACGAGUAAGACUAAACAGAAAAGCAAGUAUCUUCCUCCGUUCUCCUCGUCUGAACUACCCUCCGCAGAUCUCAGAGCCAAGGGCACGGCGUCUGUCCGGGAACUCACCAGGCUCGCGUCUCCAGGGCCGCAUCUCGGCCGAGCGGGCUCUGCUCCGCGAUCUCACUGCGUCUCCCAGCACCCAUCCAGGUCCGGAAGGAAGUCGCUGCAACAGGUGAGAGAGCGGAGCCGGAAGUCCCGCCCUCCUCGAACAGUGAACGGGUUCCCGUAAGGGUCAUUCCGAGCAGGAGGGCGGAUUUGCCGCGGGACGUGCUUCCUUGGGGUGCCUGGGCCCACGAGGGAUGGCAGCCCCGUCCAUGAAAGAAAGACAGGCGUGCUGGGGAGCCCGGGACGAGUACUGGAAGUGCUUGGACGAGAAGGCAGAGGACGCGUCCCAGUGCGAGCAGUUGAGAAGCGCAUUCGAAUCCAGGUGUCCCCAGCAGUGGAUAAAAUAUUUUGAUAAAAGAAGAGACUACUUAAAGUUCAAAGAAAAAUUUGAAGCAGGACAGUUCCAGCCUUCGAAAACGACAGCACAGUCCUAGGCUGCUCCUGAACUUUCUAGAAGGUUUGACAUUAUUCUGUCUGAACUUGCAAAAUGCUCCCCUGACUUUGGGACAGUAGUGGUUUGGAUCAUGUAAAUAGCACAACUCGUUCCACAUAAACGACUCUUUAAAAUGAUCACAUAACAGAGAUCUCAACAUUCAGACUAUGAAGAAUCGAAAUGCUUUGUUUUAAUUUCGUAAGAAAGCUAUAUUUUAAGAAAAAUUAAAGCCUAUUAUAAAAACCUA